UCAGGAUAAAUUUGUAAAAACCAAUUGUGGUUGCAAUCUGAGUUGUAUAGUGUUUAUAUGAUGCUGUGGAUAUUGAGACUACAAUACCACCAUUCCCUAGGUGAUAUCAAUGACUCAAGAGGAAUAUGAGUGUCUGGUACGACUACUAACAGUAUCUCCAUCAUAUUACACAUAUCAGCCUCUCUACUGGAGCAUCAGAUCAGCUCCUUAUGACUGGGAGAGCAUUAUGAAGGCAAGAGGCCAGCAGCUGGUGAUUCCAUUUGUAUUUCAAUGGCUCGGUCUUCUCAAGAUUGGUUUAAUUAAAGAAGGACUUUCCACCAUUGAUGACUUUUACAAGAGAAUCAUUGAUGCUUUUGUAGUUCUUAAAGAUAAUAAUCCAAAGAUGACAGAUACUAAAGGUGUCAAGUUUAUUGUACUCACUAAUGCAAGGACUGGGAAUUUCCAAGCAACUUAUUGCAUGGGUUUAGCUACAGUCUACUCAACAAUUUCAAGCAAAACGAACAGGAUUGGUGUUAUGUCAAGAUCCAUUCCCGUUAGUUUUCUGAGUAGAAUUGAGACAAGAUGGGACGCCAUAUUGAAGUCAAUUGAGUCAGAUCAAAAAGGUUUUGCUGGAUCUUUUCAACCUUCUCUUCUAUCAGUGAAACCUUUUGAUUUCAAGAAGAAGGACAUCUCUUCAAUGUUGGAGAAAGCACUAGAACAAGAGCAAGAGGAAAGAAUUGAAUAUUUGGAAGGAACAUCAUCACUUGGUUUUCAAUUGGAAUUAGAGAAAUCUUUUGUGUAUAUUAUACAUCAGUUGCAAGAGAAUGGAACAGAUUAUGAUGAUUACAGUUUGAAAUAUUCUUUAUAUGAAUCAGAAUCAUCAUCAAUUGAACUGAACAAAGACUUCCUACAGAGUAUAGGUGAAUCUAUUGAAGAGUUUAUUGACAGUCAGUGCCAUGAAUUUUUGUUUGAGGAGAAAAAUUAGUAAAAUAA